AAAAGUGCAUCCACACUGAUUUGAUCUUCAUUUGAAGGUCGCACCACCAUGUGAGUAAGUAAGAAAGGUUUUUGAUUAAGGCAACAGCAUUAGUGACUUUUUUUAUGUUCACGUGUGGGGCAAAGAGGGCAUUUCAUUUUCUCAGAGAGAAGAAACCAACUUGACAUUUAGUAUGCAUAAAGAUGCUUUGAACUCCAAAAGAACCACCAAACAUGUCCUCAGGAAAUGUCACAGUCAUGGCAAUAACAGAAUUUGUCAUCGGUGGAUUUGACACGGUUAGCAACCCUGUGACCAUUGGGAUAGUGAUGAUGGUCAUUUACACCCUGGUCAUGGUCGCCAACAUGGCCAACAUCUGCUUCAUCGCGCUGGACAAGCGUCUGCACAAGCCGAUGUACCUGCUGGUCUGCAACCUGGCCGUCGUGGACAUGGUGUACAGCAGCAGCUGCGGCCCCACCAUGAUCGGGGUGCUGAUCGCGGGCGUGAAAACCGUCGCCUACGUCCCCUGCUUCCUUCAGAUGUUCGCCUUCCACCUGGGCGGGGUCAUGGAGAUGUUCGCCAUCGCCGGGAUGGCUUUCGACCGCCUGGUCGCCAUAUCCAGCCCCCUGCGGUACCACAGUAUUCUGACGAACGUGCGCACGCUCCUGCUGAUGUUCUCCCUCUGGGUGGUGGCCUGCGCCUUCGUGGCCAUCUUGCCCGGGACCGUGAUACCGCUCCCGUACUGCAAGACGACGUUGCCGUACGCCUUCUGUGACUACGCGGGCCUGGUCAGGGCCACCUGCGUCGACCCAAAUUACUACUUCUUCCUGGUCACGGUCAUAACGUUCCUCCUGCUGUUUUCCACGUUCAGCUUCAUUUUCUUGUCUUACCUGAAGAUUGUGUUCGCCAUCUUUAAAAUGUCCUCCAAGACCGACAGGAAAAAGAUGUACAGCACGUGCUUCAGUCACUUGAUCGUGGUCGUGUGCUAUUAUGUUCCGAUGUUCAUACAAAUAGUUCUGACCAGGCUGGGAGUGCAACUGACAAAAGAGGAACGACACGGGUUACUGAUAGGGACGAUUCUAGGCCCCUCUCUUAUCAAUCCCAUUGUGUAUGGUUUUCGAACCAAGGAAAUUAAAAACAAAAUCUUAAAAAUAUUUACAAAAGUUGAACCCAUUGAUUAAACAGCAGGGCAGACAUUUGGCUUUACUGUGUGUCUUUAUUAUUUACAUAAACAUCAAGUAAAAGCAUGACUAUAACUUUGGCCUGUCUGGUAAUUUAUUAGGCCCCUGUGCUUUCUGUAAACUCUCACUAAUGAUGUCGCUGUUUUCUGUUUGCACCUUUCUUUUUUGAGUUUACGUGUGUAAAAAUGAGUCCAGAAGUCCUGCUUUUAAAAAGUGUAUGAAUACAGUAUUUAAAUCUCUCUAAAAUAGACACAGAUUUUGCAUGUGUGAAGCAACAAAACUGACUGAAUAAAUCUUAUACAGGAAAGUGAAAUGGAGACUGGAACAAUUCAUUUCUGCCUGUGUCAACCAGCCAAUGACAGCUGUCGUGUCGUGUCGUUUUUGUAAUGUUGUCUUCGAGCCAGGCUUUCAGAUAAAUAUACAUUGUGUUUCUUUUUGUUAAUGUGUUCUGACAUUGACCUUUCAACACAGAUAUAGUAUUUCAUAAGUGUUUUCUACUUCUGAAAUGUACAGUAGGUGCUUCAGUAUUUUUUCCAAUUUUUCAACAUUAACUUCUUUAACACUAAAGAUGAGAAAAAUGCCUUUCAGUUGUAUAUCUCACAUUUUCCACAUUUUAAAAAACACAUAUCAAGGUUAUACAUUUUGCAAAUAAAACUAUAAACCCUUGAUACCAAUCCUUCAGUAUCUGCCCAAAUAUACCAAAAUUUACAUAUAAGGGAGUCGCUUUGAAUCUGGCACUUCAAGCAUCUAUCUCAGGAACUGGUAUCAAACUUAUGAAUUUUAUCUCAACUAGAAUAUACUCCUGGCAUGAAGUUACAUUAUGUACAUUUUCAUCAGGAGUAAUUUUAUGUGUGACUUGCGCAUUCUUUCCAUUUAAUUUUAACAUUUACAACUCUGAGAUCUUUACUCCAUUUACUUUAAACUUUUUCUAAUAAAUUGUCAUUCACUUCUGAUAUGAGCAAAAUAUACCUAUCGAGGUUCUCUUUUCAUCAGGAUUAAAUGGGAUUUUUUCACUUGCAGUUGCAGGAAUAGUGGAUUGUCCAGGUUCAAAGUUUUGCAUUAUCCAAUUUUGCAGGUCCAUUUAAAUAUUUCUGCAUCUUUUAGCAUAUAUUUAUCUUUAAGCUUUUGAAAUGGGCAAACUAUGUUUUUAUAAUAUCGGAUACAUUCUGAAUUACACAAUUUAUCCACAAUUGCAAGUAUAGUUUGAUGUUUUUGAUAGUUAUUGAUGGGUUAUUAAAUGUAUGUUCUCUGGCUGUGUUUGGCUCUGUGUGUCUGUGAAGACAUCUGUGUCUGUUUGUGAGUGUCUGAGAGUCUUGUGUGGUGGGGGAGCAGAGGGAGGGGCAAUGUAGAUGUGUUCAUG